CUGAAUUGAACAAUUUAUUGUCUGAAAAAGUGGCGAAGAUUUGUGCCGGUUGGUAGUACUUAUAUCAAUUUUUAUUUUGUUCUGCUGGAAAAAAGUUCGUUUACUAUCCACAAUGAGUUCAUUGCUGCAAAAGCCUAAGAGUGAAAUGACACCAGAAGAACUGGCUAAAAGGGAGGAAGAGGAAUUCAACACUGGUCCUCUGUCGGUUCUUACCCAAUCUGUCAAGAAUAAUACUCAAGUACUUAUCAAUUGUCGCAACAAUAAAAAGAUUUUGGGGAGAGUCAAAGCAUUUGAUAGGCACUGCAAUAUGGUUUUGGAAAAUGUGAAGGAAAUGUGGACUGAGGUUCCAAGGACUGAUAAAGGAAAAAAGAGAGUGAAGCCCGUCAACAAAGACCGUUAUAUUUCAAAAAUGUUUCUCCGAGGGGACUCUGUAAUAAUGGUCUUGAGAAAUCCAAUUCCUAUCCAGAAACCAUAAACAUGCAUUAUAGUAUUUUUUUUGUUUCUUUCAACUGUAAAAAAACUCAUUUUUUAUUUGUAUUCAUUUUAAUAAAGUGUUUUGUAAUUUGAAAUCAAA